AUGACUGACAACAAAGCAGACAAAACUAAGGUUGACUUAGGACUACUUGAAGAAGAUGAUGAGUUCGAGGAAUUUCCUGCUGAAAAUUGGACAGCAAAGGAUGAAGAUAAUGAAGAUAUAAGUGUAUGGGAGGAUAAUUGGGAUGAUGAUGAUAUUGAGGAUGACUUUAAUCAUCAAUUGAGGGCACAACUUGAAAAGCAAAAAAAUCAAAUUGAUAACAAUUCCAAGGACUAG